CUUGCAACUUCCGGCGCUUGUUUGGCUGGCGGUUCGAAAUGAGGUUCCUGCUUUAUAAAUCAUACUUUUGAUGCUCAAAUGGCAGGUUUAUUAGACGCCUUUGCUCGCUGUGAAGGACCAAGAGUCAUCUAGAGUGUAAUACGGGAUCGACUUCACUGUAGCUUCACUGUACUAUGUUCAAAAAGAUGACUGAAUUUGGUCCAGAUUCCGGGGGGCGAGUUAAGGGAGUGACUAUCGUGAAACCUAUUGUGUUUGGGAACGUUGCCCGCUACUUUGGGAAGAAGAGAGAGGAGGAUGGACACACACAUCAGUGGUCUGUCUAUGUGAAGCCUUACAGAAAUGAGGAUAUGUCAGCUUAUGUGAAGAAGAUCCAGUUCAAGCUACAUGAGAGCUAUGGUAACCCACUGAGAGUGGUGACAAAGCCUCCAUAUGAGAUUACCGAGACGGGCUGGGGCGAGUUUGAGAUCAUCAUUAAGAUCUUCUUCAUUGACCCCAAUGAGAGACCUGUGACUCUGUACCAUCUCUUGAAGCUGUUCCAGUCAGACUCCAGUGCUAUGCCCAAGAAGACUGUUGUCUCUGAAUUCUAUGAUGAAAUGAUCUUCCAGGAUCCUACAGCGAUGAUGCAGCAGCUACUGACCACAUCCAGGCAACUCACUUUGGGAGCAUACAAGCAUGAGACAGAGUGUAUGUACACACACAUUGAACAUGGAAAUACAAGACACAAGGUCGGUGAGCUGGAGCAGAGAACCAAGGAGAAAAUGGAAGCAGCAAAGAAGAGAACCAGCCAGGAGAUCGCAGAGCUGAAAGACAAACUAAAAGCCAGCCGAGAAAACAUCAACCACCUGAAGGCAGAGAUCAGGAAACUGGAGGAGGACGGAGACCACAAGGAGCACUGAGAAAUGGACAAACACUGCACACACAUGAGUGCGGUCAUUUGGCAGGGCUCUGGACCUCAUCUGUGAUUUGAAACAAACUUUGCAUUGUGCUGAUGUAUUUUGUGGUUAAAGGUAACAGUAAUGGUAAAAUGCCUAUCAUUUUCUGAUUUGUGUAUGAUUCUUUACAAAAUAUAUUAGUGUAUUAAACCUAGGCUUAUGCCCCUUUGCUAUUCAGUUUGAAUAACUCAUUUGCUAUUGUUUUUUGUUUUUUAUUGAUUCUGUCAUUUUCUAUGUAAAGUAAAUAUGUUUACAGUA